GCCGCCGCCGCCACCGCUCUCGGGGAGCGCGAAGUGAAGAAGAAGACGAGGAGAAAGACGGACAGGUUCGCCGCGCCGCCAUGACACACUGCUAGUCCUGCUGGUAGAUAAUUCGUGGCGCGAUCACGCGAAGAUAUUCACGGAGCUUGGCCAGGGUUAAUCGCCUCUUCCUUUCUAAGUCGUAUCGUCGUUGUCCCCGUAUUACGCACGAGUCGCGCCAUCAGCAGGACGGGUUUAGUAAACGCGCGCGCGCGCGCGCACCGCCCGAAAAAAAUUCACCGGCGAGAAAGAGAGGAAGAAGCGGCAACAGGAGCAGCAGCAAUCACGACAGCAGUAACAGUAGCAGCAACAGCGACGAAAACAGCAGCGGCGGCGCAUUUAUCUCUUCCCGUCUGUCUCGGGGACGCAGAGUAAGAGGCGCGUCCCCCCUUGCGUACGUGACUCCGCGCCUAGCGCACACGUGUGUCUGUGUGUGCGCGCGCGCGUGUGCAUGUGCGUCGUUGAGCGGCUGUGUGGUGGCGCCGCGACGUAGGCGAGGACGAGGACGCUUAGCUCAUCGCUCGUGUGUACGUCCUGGUAGGGUGCGCGGCUAGCGCGACGAGCUCGCCAAAGGAGUAAGACCAACGGGGGCGAAAUCGAGUCAGGGGGCUCUCCCGUAGCUAGCCUAAGGAGAAUCAUGCCCGUUGUCACCGUUGCUACCGCAUCGAAUACGGCGACCAUGGCACCGGACACCACAAUAGAAAAUGAAGAAUACAGGAAGUGUUUGAUCGAUGGUUUUAAUUGAACAAAAAUGAAUAGUGAGCAGCAUGCUCUGCCAGCGACAACGCAGGCUCAACAAGAGGUAUCAGUGUAUCAUCAUCCUCAUCACAGAGCUGGUGCUGGAGGUGGUGAAGCUCCAACAACAACCAAAGAUUCAGCAGCAUUGUUGAACCAAGAUAUGUCAUUAACUUCUGGUACACACCAUCAGACACCAACUUCGCACCAUCAUCAGCCUUCGGUCAGUAGGAGUAGUCAUCAUAGCUCCCUGCAGACCACUGCACAGAUUCCAGUCUCUUUGCCGGGACUUAAUCUUGAUGGAAGUCACCUUCAAGCAAGUGUAAGUCACUUGCAAGCAGCGCAUGCCCAAAUGCAGCAACAAAUGCAGUCACAGCAACAGCAACAGCAGCAGCAGCAGCAGCAGCAGCAGCAGCAGCAGCAAACACAGUUGCAUCAGCAACAACAGCAACAGGCCCAAUCUCAUCAUCAGAUGCAGAAUCAUCAGAAUGCACAAAAUACAGGUCAAACCAGCCAGAAUCAGAGCUUAUCCAGGGACAACAAGCCUAAGGAAGAGACAUCGGAUCGUUGUAAUGACAAUCAGGUCCACUCUCACGUUCAACGUGACCACCAACAUCAGCAAGCACAAGAUAUACAACAAAGUCUAAUGCAUCAGCAGCAGCAAAUUGGUGUGAGCAUCGGAGGUGCUUCUGCUGCAGAUGGUGCUCCCUCAAGUGGAGUGGAUAAAGUUGAAAAGAAAGAAGAUAUACGUCAAUUAAAUAUGACCCAAUUUCAAGUACCUGAUCUGAAAUCAGGAGGUCACAUGAUGGAUGUUAGAACAGCGGAUGGAUCUAUUGUUAAAAUCAGCGCUGCUAAUGAUCAAGAUCUUGCAAAAACAUUAGGAGUCGAUAUUUCUCAGUACAUCAAUAAGGGAGCCGUGAACGUCGAGGAGUUGAAUCAGAUAAAUCAGCUGCUGGCGUAUCACGAAGUUUUUGGAAAGUUGCAGAGCGAAAUAGCCGCUGGUACCACGUUGAUUGGUGGCACAGUACCAACGCAGACGGUCACAACGAUACAGAACGGCACGCCCUUAGUGCAACAAGUGCAGCUAAAUAAAUUUGACAUAAAGACGAGCGAUGGUGAGGUGACGCCAGGUCCAAGUGGUUCGCCCGUGUCCGUAGGCAGUCACGCCUGCGAGGUUUGUGGCAAGAUCUUUCAAUUUCGCUAUCAGCUGAUCGUCCAUCGAAGAUACCAUACGGAAAGAAAGCCUUUUACUUGUCAGGUAUGCGGCAAGGCAUUUACAACUGCAAGUGAUUUAACGCGUCAUGGAAAAUGCCACUUAGGUGGUUCCAUGUUUACUUGUGCUGUUUGCUUCCAUGUUUUCGCUAAUGCCCCGUCAUUAGAGCGACACAUGAAGCGUCAUGCCACCGACAAGCCAUACAAUUGUACGGUUUGCGGCAAAAGUUUUGCCAGAAAAGAGCAUCUUGAUAAUCACACAAGGUGCCAUACGGGAGAAACUCCAUACAGAUGUCAGUAUUGCGCCAAAACUUUCACGCGCAAGGAACAUAUGGUGAAUCAUGUACGUAAGCAUACAGGAGAAACUCCUCAUCGCUGCGAUAUUUGCAAAAAAUCUUUCACGCGCAAGGAGCACUUUAUGAAUCACGUGAUGUGGCACACUGGCGAGACACCCCAUCACUGUCAAGUUUGUGGCAAGAAAUAUACCCGCAAGGAGCAUUUGGCCAAUCAUAUGCGCUCCCAUACCAACGACACGCCAUUCCGUUGUGAGAUUUGCGGCAAGUCGUUCACGCGUAAGGAGCACUUCACGAAUCACAUAAUGUGGCACACCGGCGAGACGCCGCAUCGCUGCGACUUUUGCUCGAAGACGUUCACGCGGAAGGAGCAUCUGCUGAAUCACGUCAGGCAGCACACGGGUGAGUCACCACACCGAUGCGGCUUCUGCUCCAAAUCGUUCACCAGAAAGGAACACCUUGUUAACCACAUCCGCCAACACACAGGAGAGACGCCCUUCCGCUGCCAGUACUGUCCGAAAGCGUUUACGCGGAAGGACCACCUGGUGAACCACGUCAGGCAGCACACGGGUGAGUCACCGCACAAGUGCCAGUAUUGCACGAAAUCCUUCACGCGGAAGGAACAUUUGACAAAUCACGUGCGUCAACACACAGGCGAGUCGCCCCACCGCUGCCACUUCUGCUCCAAGUCCUUCACCAGGAAGGAACAUUUGACGAACCACGUGCGCAUUCACACUGGCGAGUCGCCCCAUCGCUGCGAGUUCUGUCAGCGCACCUUCACGCGCAAGGAACAUCUCAACAACCACCUUAGGCAGCACACCGGCGACUCGUCGCACUGCUGCAACGUCUGUUCCAAGCCCUUCACCCGCAAGGAGCAUCUGAUAAAUCACAUGCGCUGCCACACGGGCGAGCGACCAUUCGUGUGCACCGAGUGCGGCAAGAGCUUCCCCUUGAAGGGCAACUUGCUCUUCCAUAUGCGCUCGCAUAACAAGGGCAGCCAAGCCGAGCGCCCGUUCCGCUGCGACCUCUGCCCCAAGGAUUUCAUGUGCAAGGGCCAUCUUGUCUCCCACCGGCGCUCCCACUCGGACGAGCGACCUCACAGCUGCCCGGACUGUGGCAAGACCUUCGUCGAGAAGGGCAACAUGCUGCGGCACCUACGUAAACACGCGGCCGAAGGCCCACCCACGCAGGUUGGCAGCGCCGCUUCGGCCCUCGCCGGAGGGGCGGCUCAACAGCCGGGAGCCGCUGGUGCCGGUACCGGUGCCGGCGGUGCUGGUGCCGGUGGUGGUGGCGGCGGGGCCGGUGGUGCUGGGGGCCUACCCCUACCGUCGGCUGCUGCCGCUGCGGCGGCAGUCCUCGUCGGACAUCCUCUAGCACCGCCCCCGGCUCCUGCCGUCGGCUUACCCCAACACACGGUCGUCGUACCUACACCUCCGGGUGUUCUCGCCUCCUACUGA